CGGAGUGUCAAUGUAACUUUAGCUUUCAACGUACGCGCGGGACUGCAGAUGAACACAAAACACGACAUUAAACGUCAUAAACCCAAAGAAACGAGAUCAAAGGCUCGAUCUAACCAACUUCGGAGGACAAAAACGAUAUUUUGAAGAGUGUUCCUGGUUUGCUGCAGAUCGUAUAAAGUUGGAGCGCACGAUCUCACGUCUGCGCACGCAUGGUCGCGUUCUGGUUCACAUACAUGUAGUUUUGGAGUUUAACUGGAGGAAGUGGAGCAGUGCUCUCCGAUGAAAUGUCUUCUAACUACAGUGACGAACUGGACUUAAGACUAAUUCUUGGGGAGACCAGUCACAAUCAACCCUCGCUGGCCCAUACAGAAUCCAAAUUGGAUGAUGACGCCAACUGCUACCCUCUUUUUGCCAGCGGCCCCGGCUAUCCUGCGGGACAGCAGGACAGCUGUUCAACCCAGCCUUAUGCCACCCCUCAUCCUGCUUAUAUUCAACCCAUGGAGUCUCCCAGCCGGGUCUUCGACUGUCCAAGCAUCCAGAUCACUUCUAUCCCAGCCAGCUGCCACCAGGACCUAGGUGCCCACCAGUUGGACCAGUCAGCAGGUGCUUGUGGUGAGGACGCUGGUGCUUCUCUAUCAAGGGACCAGCUCUUCCUCCCCCUAGAACCGUCCUACCGGGACACGUCCUCACUGUGUCCAAGCCCCUGCAGCAGCUUGUCCUCCCGCAGUUGGUUGUCUGAUGCGUCGUCUUGUGAAUCGUUCUCGCACAUCUAUGAUGAUGUAGAGGCAGAGUUGAAUGAGGCAGCUGCUAGAGUUCGUCUAGCUUCUCCUCUAAUGUCACCUCAGGCGUCUCCGCUGCCGUCCCCCCUCAACUCUCCCCAAGCGUCUCCUCAAGUGUCCCCACUUGUUUCCCCCUAUGGCUCACCCAGCUAUUUGGCCACAUAUGGAGAUGACGUAUGGUACCGUUACCAACACCAGCAACAGUCUUUGCAAUAUCAAUACGCCCAGUCACUGUCGCCUUAUCAGUCACCCCGCACCAGCGUCACUGAGGAUACAUGGCUCAGUCCCUGUCCCCAAUCCUCGUCCUCACGCCCUUCCUCUCGUCCAAACUCACCAUGUGGAAAAAGGCGUCAUUCCAGCGCAGAGGUCAUUCCCAGUUUGCCGUCUCCUCACCUUUCGCCCAAUGCCACACCCUCUCAUUCUCCUCGGGGAAGUGUCACUGAGGAGACGUGGAUGGGAGGCGCUCACCAGACACUUCUGUUGGAUGAAGACAUCCCAUUAAAAACUAGGAGAACAUAUCAGACUAACCACAACCAGGAUCAGGCGUCUCUGCUGCAUGGACAACAGGACUCUGGUCUUCAAGACCAAGGUCUAGCACUGUCCCUUCCCCCUUUAAGAAAAGAGGAGAUAAUGGAACAUUUCUUAUCUGUUCCAAGGCAAUUCUCUUGGGCCAAACCUAAGCAAGUUAACACUCCUUUAUACAGGUCCUCAUCUUUACCUUCAUUGGAUUGUCCACUGCCCAGUCAGUUUGGUCAGUGUGAGCUAAAGAUGGAGAUCCAACCUAAACCUCACCAUAGAGCCCAUUAUGAGACGGAAGGCAGUCGAGGGGCCAUUAAAUCUGAAUGUGGAAGACACCCUAUUGUAAAGCUCAUAGGCUAUAAUGAGAAAGCAGUCAGCCUACAGAUGUUCAUUGGGACAGCAGACGAGCGUUAUGUUCGGCCACACGCCUUUUAUCAGGUGCACAGGAUUACAGGAAAAGCCGUUGCCACACCGAGUCAGGAGACAGUGAUUGCCUGCACCAAAGUUCUGGAAAUACCUCUCCUGCCUGAAAACAACAUGUGUGCCAGCAUUGACUGUGGUGGAAUCCUGAAGCUGCGUAACUCUGACAUCGAGUUGCGAAAGGGAGAAACAGACAUUGGACGUAAAAACACACGUGUGCGUGCAGUCUUCCGUGUUCACAUCCCACAGCACAAUGGGAAAGUUCUCUCACUGCAGGUGGCGUCUGUACCCAUCGAGUGCUCUCAACGCUUAGCUCAGGAACUUCCCCAGGUGGACAGCUUUAGUCCCACCUGUGGUUCUGUUACCGGAGGAGAGGAAAUGCUCAUCACAGGCCAAAACAUCAACCCAGAGUCAACAGUCGUCUUUCUAGAGAAGGGAUCUGAGGGUAAAAUACAAUGGGAGGUUGAUGUGAAAGCUAUACAAGAAAAGAGCAAUAAUACAAGCAUAGUGGUGAAAAUUCCUCCAUAUUACAAGAGAUCCACAGCUUCUUCCAACCAGGUGCAGUUUUACGUCAACAAUGGAAAGAGAAAGAGAAGUGCUUCACUUUUCUUCACUUAUCUCUCAGCAGGGCAGGUAAAGCAGGAGUUUAGCUCGGAGCUGGACCUUGUCACAAAUAAUCUUGAAGACCAUCUUACCACCCCAGCUGGACUCAUCACAAGUGAAGACCAAAUACCAUCUGACCAGGUUCAACCACUUGAGCAAUGGCUGCUGUCCAAAGGAUCUGUCUGUUCUUCAGCUCAUCUCGGUUUCUCAUCUCAGGAUCCAUUGUAUCUAAACCAUUCUCAUCAGGCGAACAACAGUUUUAGCGCUGGCGUCCACUCCAUGUUUCACAACCCAACAGUGGACUUUACAAAAACUUCAUACCACACACCUCAACAGAACCUGUCUUCUAAAGGACAGCCUUUUCUUCCUAUUGGUGACGGUUCAUCCCAACUGUAUCCUGAGCAACCAAUUCCUCAACUAGGCAAAGGACACCAAGGCAUGCCUUCAGAACACAGUCAUAAUCAAAUCCAAAACCUCGCUCCCCCCCCAGCAUGCAGCCAGUCUCUGAUAACUAGCUCAAAUGUCCAUAGGUCUAGUAUCCACACUCCAGUCCAAUUUCCAGAGUUCACCUCUUCUGAGAUGUCUCCUCAGCAUACUCUUACUAAAGUGCCUUCACACUCGUUGUCUAUUGAGGAAGCCUUGAUGGACCCUGAUCCCCAUAAACUUACAUCACUAAAGACAGCCACAUCAAAUUUCAGAUCUUCACACGAUGAAGAGAGCCUAAGCAUUAAACCAGAACCAGAGGAAGAGGAAGAGCUAACCUUUCAGACCAUUGGACUACAGGACAUCACUCUUGAUGAUGUAAGUGAGAUCAUUGUCAGAGAUUUGUUCGAGACUCCAGAUUCAGGGAACACCAACAGCAUGCCGUAGCUCCCCUCUCAUGAACGAAAGGGUCUUUCUGUUUGAGAUGUGGUAAUGAUACGCCUUCCGUAUGUCUUCAGGACAGUAGUGAACUGAUAAACAGAGACACCUCAUCCUGACUUAAGUUCUGAAUAAAGUUGUUUUCUAUGAACAAUGCCAUGUAUAUUUUUCCAGUUUAGAAGAGAGCGCAUAGGAAUGUUAAACUGGUCAUAUCAAAUGUGAAUGUAAAAUUUUGACCAGUCAGUUUAUGAUUCAGUGCCUUAACCUGGCGUGCCUUUCAGUCAUCAUGUUGAAGUAUAUUUAUUUUCUUCUCUUAAUCUGAAUUUUAUAACUGUAGUAGCACAUUUCAAUUUAAAGUUGCAAUUUAUGAUAAAGCAAUUCAGAAUACAUUUUAAAGACAUUUAUAUUUACAAGUAGGAAAUUAGGCACAAUCCGACGUUUCAGUCUGUUGAAUUUCACUUUAAUGAAUUUUGAUAUAUGUGAUACGUCUCAAUACAUUGUUUCCGUAAUACUUUUUAGUGCUUGAUGACUGUAUUUAUGAAUUUUUACAAAACAUUAAACAGCUUUUAUGACAUUA